AUGAAAAGUCAUACUGGUGGAAAAGCUAGACAUUCUUUUACUCCUCAUAUUAAUGUUAUUCGAGUUCCAAACUCAAAAACAGCAUUUAAUUGGGUAGAAAAAAAAUCAUCAAUUGCUAUGCUUAAAUAUAAAAAUCCAAAUCUUGUAAUACCAAGUCAUCAUACUCUUGGAGAUCGUGUACUAAAAAAUACUACACAAGAACUUCAUUUAGAAUUAUUACAAAAUGAUGGCAUUCCUAUAAAUUUUGCUAUCUAA